AUGGGAUCCAACCUGCCCUAUGCCGCAGAUGCCGAAAGCCCGCUGAGGCCGGCCGAGCUGCAGGUCUUGAGAGCACAAUACGAGAAGGAGGGUGAUUAUGUUGGCAUCCAGACCAAGUUCAACUAUGCAUGGGGCUUGAUCAAGUCAAACGCCCGUCCAGAGCAACAAGAAGGCGUGCGUCUCCUAUCAGAAAUCUUCCGUGCGGCCCCCGAGCGACGACGCGAAUGUCUCUACUACCUGGCGCUGGGGAACUACAAGCUCGGCAACUAUGGAGAGGCGCGACGGUACAACGACCUGCUCCUCGAACAUGAGCCGGCGAACCUGCAGGCGGGCAGCCUGCGAUCUUUGAUUGACGACAAGGUCUCCAAGGAAGGCUUAGUCGGCAUUGCCAUCAUUGGUGGCUUGGCUGUUGCAGCAGGCGUCGUCGGCAGCCUUGUCUUCCUCUCAUCUCGCCCGAAGCAAGAGCAGCAGCAGCAGCAACAGAACCGAAAGAUGGCCGACACAAGUGAAGAUCGGAUGUUCUGCCACGCCUGCAACGCCGUCUGGCUGAGGAACGAGCAUGGCCUGACCUGUCCCCAGUGCGGAUCCGAAUUCACAGAGAUAAUCGAGAUUCCUCCGGAAGAAACCCACCCCGACCCCUCACCUAUUAACCUGACCCCGCCGCCCCGACAAGAGAGACGGCAGCAGACGCCGAUCAACACGCUGGCAGAUCACAACCCGUGGGCAGACGAUCACGAGACCGACCCGUAUCUAUCGACUGGCUCGAGAGGUUCGGGAUUCAGUAGGCACACAUACCGAUCUCCUGAUGGGCGGUUCACCUUCACUAGCACUACGUACAAUGGCGGGUUCCCUCCCGGUCGAGGGAUGAUGACCGGGGAUCCAUUGAUGCUGCCCAUGGUCCGCAGCCUCGACACGAUCUUCCAUGGCCUGGCGGACACAUACCAUCCGGAAGCUAGAAGCCCGCUGUUGAGUCGGGGGGCGUCACCUUUGCAACAGGAGCGUGGACGGGAGUCGUCUCCGCAGUAUGCAGCCGCGGGCGGACGGCUGUACCCUCGGGAUACAGAAGGACCACAGCCGAUGGGGGCGGCAUUGGGGACCUUGAAUGAUGUUCUUGAUCUGUUCCGGCAAGAUUUCGAGUCGAACGGGACUGUACGAGGCGGCGGGGUCCGCGUCAUGACGGGCCCGAACCCGCUGGCCAUACUCUCGAGCCUGUUGAACGUCCAGCGACACGGAGAUGCGGUCUAUUCGCAAGAGGAGCUGGACCGGGUGAUUUCGCAGCUGAUCGACCAGAACGUGAACGGCACCGCCCCGCCGCCGGCUCCCGAGACCGCCAUCCGAUCCCUGCCCAAGAAGAAGAUCGACGAGGAAAUGCUGGGCAGCGAGGGCAAGGCCGAGUGCUCCAUCUGCAUGGACGCCGUGGAGCUGGGCACCGAAGUGACGGUGCUGCCGUGCAAGCACUGGUUCCACGAAGCGUGUAUUGAGAUGUGGCUAAACCAACACAAUACCUGUCCGCAUUGCCGGCGGGGGAUAAACGAAAACUCCGAGGGCAGUCAACGGAAUCCCGUCGUCAUCCCUGAUAGCCCUGAACCACCGCCCCGACGACGAUCCAGCGCCCGGCCGUACGACAUAUACGGACGACCCGGCUGGCCAACCGACCGGGAUGACCGUCCCGCUGGAUGGGGAGAUUCGAACGGGCAGGAUGGAAGACGGGCAAGUCGGGAUGGAAACGGCGGGGGGAUUACAGGGUGGAUGCGGAGUCGGUUUGGAGGAGCUAGCUAA